AUGGUUAAUUUUUUGAAAAAGGGAAAUUUUUUUAUAGUUUGGAUUUCUUUUUUUUUUUUUUUUUUCGCAAAAAUCUUUUUUUAUUUAUAUUUUUUUUUUUUUUUUUUUUUUUUUUUUUUUUUUUCGCACACAAAUUUUUCACAACAAAAAAGAGAAAAUGAAUGGAAAAAAAAUGACAAAUCAUUAAUUUUAGAAGAUAAUAAUAAUAAUAAUAAUAAUAAUAAUAAUAAUAAUAAUAAUAAUAAUAAUAAUAAUAAUAAUAAUAAUAAUAAUAAUAAUAAUAAUAAUAAUAAUUCAAUAAAGACCACCACAACCACAACUACAACGAUAAAUUCUACUUCGCCACUCAUUGAUUUUUUAGUUUUAAAAGUUGAACAAUUAAAAUUACAAUCCCCACCCGUUGAAAGUUAUAAUGAAGUUGUAAGUUCAACAAACACAAAUAAUUAUUUAAUAUCAGGUGGACUUUGUAAUAUUCCAAAAUACUUUGACGCAUUGAAAAUUAAAUCAAUUCAAGAGAAAAACAAAUUAUCAUUAUCAAAUAUAUAUUUAAAAUUAAAUGAAUUAUUUGAAAAUGGAGAGAACUCAAUUUUAAUAACUGGUUCAAUAAUUUGGAAAGAUGAAAAGAAUGGAUUAUUAGGAAUUGAAAUUUUAGAGAUUAGUAAUGUCCAAUCAACAUCAGAUUGUGAUAAUAAAUUUAUUAAAAUUCCAAAUGAACUAAAAUCAAUAUCACAAUAUCGAAUUAAAGCAACAAUUAGUGUUUUUGAAUUUUCAAAAAGUAUGAUUAGAGAUGUUAAUUAUUAUGAUAAAGGUGACUUUAUAAGAGCAAUAAUCCUAUCGAUUAAUACUGAAACAUGUGAUAUCCAAUUAAGUUUUGAUAUUUCAAAAAUUUCAAAUAUAAUUUACUCAAUCUAUUCAAAAAAUAAUAAUAAUAAUAACAAUAACAAUAACAUUAACAAUAACAAUAACAAUAACAAUAACAAUAACAAUAACAAUAACAAUAAUAAUGGUAAUACAAAAGUUUGUGAUAUAAAUGACUAUAAAUUUUUAGGUAAAUUUAACCCUCCUUUUGAAAAUUUCUCAACUACUUCAAAUAAUAAUAAUAAUAAUAAUAAUAUUAAUAAUAAUAAUGAUGAUAAUAAUAAAAACAAUAAUAAUAAUAAUAAUAAUAAUAAUAAUAAUAAUAAUAUUAAUAAUAAUAUUAAUAAAAAUAAUGAUGAGGAAAUUGAUAAUAAUCAAUAUGAUAAAAGUCAAUUUGGAUUUACGAAUAUAGUUAAUAUGUUAGAAAGGGAUCAAUUAUUCUCAAAUCCUUGGUCUUGUGAAUCAUUUUAUAGUUCAUUAAAUUUACUUCAAUUAGAUUCAAUGAUACCUUAUAACUCCGUACCAAAAGAUUUAAAGGAAUCAUUGAGAUCGAAUCAAAAUUUUAUUUGGGCUCAAAGUUCUGUAAAGAAUGGUAUUAAAUAUGCAAAAUCAGGUCAAUAUGAAAAGGCAAUUAAUUAUUAUAAAGAAGCAUUAAAUAUUGAUCGUGAUCAUAAAGAUGCAUAUGUUGCAUUAGGUGCAGUAUAUGCAAAUACAUCACAAUUUGAAAAGGCAAUUUCAAAUUUUAAACAAGCUUUGAAAAUUGAUCCAAACGAUGUAAAUGCUGAUAAAUAUUUUAAAGCAACUUUAGUGAAAAUGAAAGAUUCUGGAUAUUCAGUAGAAGAUUGUUUAAAAUUCAUUGGUCCAACAAGUAAACCUUUUGAUUCUUCUAGUACAAAUAACAAUAAUAAUAAUAAUAAUAAUAAUAAUAAUAAUAAUAAUAAUAAUAAUAAUAAUAAUAAUAAAAAUUUUCAAAAAGAUAAUAGUUAUAGUAAUAAAAAAAAUAAAUACACUGAGGAAGAGUCAUCAUCAUUAUCAUCAUUAUCAUCAUUAUCAUCAUUAUCAUCAUCAUCAUUAUCAUCAUUAUCAUCAUUAUCAUCAUCAUCAUCAUCAUUAAUAAAAAAGGAUAAAUUAAAACAAUUAUUACAAAAGGAACAAGAUAGUACUGAUAGUGAUAGGAAAUAUAGAAAAAAGUCAAAGAAAAGAAAAAAAGAUAAAUAUGAUUAUGAUUCAACUGAUGAAGAUGAGGAUGAAAGAGAUUAUAAAAGAAAAUCAAGAUCAAGAUCAAGGUCAAGAUCAAGGUCAAGAUCAAGAAGUAAACAAAAAUAUCAUUCAAAAGAAAGAGAAAGAAAAAAAAAGAAUAAAGAAAAAGAAAGAAAAUAUAGAGAUAAAAGUAGGAGUUCUAGCAGGGGUAGAGGAAGGGUUAGAUAUAGAAGUAGAACUAGAAGUGGGAGUAGAGAUAGAGAUAGAGAUAGGGAUAGGGACAGAGAUAGAGAUAGAGAUAGAUAUCAUAAAAAUAAUACUAUAGAAAGAAAAAGUAGAAGUAAAGAUAGAAAUAGAUAA